AUGCCCCCGACUCUAAUCCUCAUCCGCCACGCCGAGGCACUUCACAACGUCGACAAAGACUAUUCGAUCCCCGAUCCCGUCCUCUCGCAGCUGGGCUUGCAGCAAUGCACGGAGCUGCGCGACCACCUGCGACAGGGCAAAGAGCGCCCGCAGGUGUCGGAGCUGGCUGAACGCGCGGAGCUGAUCGUCGUCAGCCCGAUGCGCCGCACGCUGCAGACGGCGCUGUUGGGGCUGGACUGGUUGGUCGAGAAGGGCGUGCCGCUGAGGCCGGAUGCGGGGUGGCAAGAGAACUCGGACAAACCUUGCGACACGGGCAGCCCUGUCUCCGUUCUGCAGAAGGAAUUCCCCUCUGUGGAUUUCCAGACGGUCGACCCCAUCUACCCCGAGAAGGUCGAGCCUGCCACCAACCCGUACGCCUUUAGCCGCCGCGCCGUGGUCGCCCGCGGGCAGACCUGCCUCGAGUGGCUGCACAAGCGCCCCGAGAAGGUCAUCGUCGUCGUCUCCCAUUCUGGAUUCCUGAGGUGCUCCGUCAGCCAGCGGAGGUACGCCAAUGCGGAUUACAGAGUCUUCGACUUCGAGGAGCGCAAGGGGGACGGAGCGUACAGGCUGAGGGAGUGGGAGAUCACCGAGAGCGGGGGCAUGGGGAAGAGCGAGAGGGGCACUGCGGUGAUCACUGAGACCGAUUUCCCUAGGGAGGAGCAGUUGGGCGAGGCCACCCAGGAAGUGCCGAAUUGA